AUGGCGGAUCAAAACAAUACCAACAGCAGCAGUGAAGAAUCUCAAAACAACAACAACAACCUCCCAAAAGUAUUCCUUCACGUUCCACCCGAAUUCUCCUUCGUUCUCCAACCCAAUCCUUCACACAACUUCCACAUCUUAAACCCUGGUUGCGGUCAGUCUUUCCACCAAUUCAUCGCCGCCAAUCCUCACCACGCCUCCUCCAUCGCCGCAAUUGUCUGUAGCAAUUUCUACUCUGUCACCGCCGACCUCCUCCAACUUCUCCCCUCCCUACGUCUCAUCUGCACCCCUAGCGCUGGAACUAAUCACAUUGAUCUCUCUGAGUGUCGCCGUCGGGAAAUCCAGGUCGCCGGUAUCGGAGAUCUUUUCACCGAAGAUGUUGCUGAUAUGGCUGUGGGUUUGUUGAUUGACGUGAGUAGGAAAAUUUCCGCUGCCGAUCGGUUCUUGAGAACGCAGUUUCAACCUUCCUCUUGGGAUUUUCCACUUGGUUCUAAGUUAACAGGAAAAAAGAUUGGAAUUGUUGGUAUGGGAAAAAUUGGCUCAGAAGUAGCAAAGAGGCUUGAAGGAUUCAGUUGCAUGAUAUCAUACAACUCUAGGAAUAGAAAACCAUCAAUUUCAUACCCUUUCUAUUCAAGUGUCUUAGAGCUUGCAACUAACACCAAUGUACUUAUUCUCUGUUGUGCACUAAAUGACCAAACAAGACACAUUGUGAACAAACAAGUCAUGUUGGCAUUGGGAAAAGAGGGAAUCAUAGUGAAUGUUGGAAGAGGUCCUCUCAUUGAUGAAAAAGAAUUGUUAAGGUGUUUGAUUGAAGGUGAGAUUGGAGGCGCUGGUUUGGAUGUGUUUGAGAAUGAACCUCAUGUUCCUAAAGAGUUCUUUUCUCUGGAUAAUGUUGUUUUGUCACCACAUGCAGCUGUCGUAACUUCAGAGUCUUUCAGUGGUAUCAGCAAAGUUGUGGAGGAAAAUUUGAAAGCCUUCUUUUCAAAUAAGCCUCUGAUUAAUCCAGUUUUAUAG